AAGACAAACCCGGGAAGCGAGAUGAGGUGGUGAUUUAUAUUUAUAGGGCGUCCCUGGACUCAACCCAAAUACGCACCCUGCCCAGGCCAAUCUUGAAUUGCCUGCUCUCCCUCUAGUCUACCCGUCGUCGUCUGGAUAUAUCUUGUGAGGGUUGGUUGGAAUCCUAGUGACAUAGAUCGUAGACGGAAGCACGACGGGCUGCAGAACUAUAAACACCUGGGAGGCGCAUUUCGGUUGGUUGGUUGCAGCAGAUGAUUCAAAAGUCGCCGACGCAGAUGGCCCAGACCCAACACAGCCACCAGGCAUGCUGUCUCUCUCCCUUUCGUGUCUCCUAUUUCUAUUAGCCCUAUCACCCAUUUUUCCAUCGUCUCUUCGGUUUUGUGUUUUCUCAUUUCACUCCUGCAUUUCCACGCACACACAUAUCUGCUAUCUACCAUUAUAUACGACCUCUGAUCCAUUUCAUGACCCUCUUCCUUAUAAAAUCUGUACUGACCGUGGAAGCGAAGCUGAAUCGCAGAAAAAGAGCUAUUGUGUCAUGGAAGAUAUCCAUGGAGCUUUGAUUGCGCCCAAGCAGGAGCUCCAGCUCCAACUUCGACUCCAGCUUCAACCCCAUUCCCUUUCCCAUAGCAAGCCCUCAACUUCCCAACACUUGCUCCGUGUUCCCGAUUUUGGACGGGCAUUUCAGGACUUGGUGAAGAGCAGAGAAGUUGGUGAGUUCCUUAGUGGGGCUUUAGCCGGGGCUAUGACCAAAGCCAUUCUUGCACCUCUUGAGACCAUCAGGACACGGAUGGUGGUUGGAGUAGGUUCUAAAAACAUAUCUGGUAGUUUUCUUCAGAUUAUUGAACAACAAGGCUGGCAAGGACUUUGGGCUGGAAACACAAUAAACAUGAUUCGUAUAGUUCCCACACAGGCAAUUGAACUUGGAACGUUUGAAUAUGUAAAGCGAGUAAUGUCAUCUGCUCAAGAGAAAUGGAAUAAAACUGGUCCAGAAUUGCAAAUUGGAAAUCUCAAUUUCAACUUUUCUCUAUCAUGGGUGUCUCCGGUUGCUGUGGCUGGCGCUGCAGCUGGAAUUGUUAGCACCCUUGCAUGCCAUCCUCUCGAGGUUUUAAAGGACAGGUUGACUGUGAGUCCUGAUAUGUAUCCUAAUUUAAGUACUGCAGUACGCCAUAUUUAUAAGGAUGGUGGAAUUGGUGCUCUGUACUCUGGGCUUUUACCUACAUUGGUUGGCAUGCUGCCUUACAGCACGUGCUAUUAUUUUAUGUACGAGACAAUGAAGAAAUCUUACUGCCUCGCAAAAAGGAAGGAAUCUUUGACUCGUGCAGAGAUGCUCUUAGUUGGGGCUCUUUCAGGAUUCACAGCUAGCACAAUUAGUUAUCCCUUAGAGGUUGCAAGAAAGCGGCUGAUGGUCGGCACUCUACAGGGCAAAUGUCCACCCCACAUGGCCGCCGCUCUCUCAGAAGUAGUGAGAGAGGAGGGGUUUUUGGGUCUUUAUAGAGGCUGGGCUGCCAGCUGUUUGAAAGUUAUGCCCUCCUCUGGAAUCACAUGGAUGUUCUACGAAGCCUGGAAAGAUAUAUUGCUUCCCAAAGGACAAUGAACUUGGUCCUACAUUUUGUAGACUGCAAGCAACUGACUUGAAGAAGAAAAAAAAGAGAGAGAGAGAGAGAGAGAGGGGGGGGGAGGGAGAGAAACCGAAUGCUCAACGUGUUCCCUCUAAAGUUUUAUUCAAGGUAAGGAUGGCGAGAAAGAAAUUAAAGUGUAAGGUUCGUCCCCAAAAGAGAAUGCUUUGAUACAAUGGGUUCAGGAUCUUGGUUCUAAUCUAAUCGGCAAGAUGCUGUUAUGAUGCGUGCCAACAGAAUUUAAGAUGUUUCUUUUUUCCUUUUUCUUAUGAUGGCGUGUUAUGGCUGUUAGUUCCUAGAAUUUAAGAGGUCCUCUUUAACCGUACCAACAUAAAUAGUUGGCAGCUUAUGAAUAGCUGCAUGCCUAAGUUUGGCUUCGUUGCUAAUUAGCAAUUAAAAACACCCCACACAAGACAGACAAGCCCGGACAUCGUUACCCUUUCUUGUCCUGUCAUGUAAUGUAAGAGCACGCACACAAUGGCCAUUUACAAAAAAGCUGUGAAAGUGGCUUAUUUUAUCAAAAAAAAUUGAUUCUGUCUUGGAGCUUGUUUGUUUGGGAUGAUUCUUCUGAAAAUGCUGCCGUGCCGACCAUGAUGAGAAUGAUGAAGAAGAAGAGGAAGACGGAGAGGAAGAGGAAGGAUUGCACCAUGAGGGUGAUUCCGACUAGAUUCGAUCCGGUUUUAUCUGUUAUUUUUUGUUUUAUCUGUUUGUUCAUAAGAGACAAAACAACUUCGUCUGCACCGGGCAAUGUCGGGGUUGCAUGGAGAUUUUUGCAUCUCAAUUUGUACCAUUGUGUAAAUUGUCUUUUGCUUCUGACAAAAAGAACCUUAAAACACGUCCAUAAACUAGUCAUUGUUUAUGCUCUAAUGAAGUUAAGUUACAGUUCCCAAUGG